AUAUAUAUAGAGAGAGAGAGAGUAAAUACACCGCUACAAUGUCGGAUGAAGUAGAUCGCAACGAUCCCGAGCUGAAAUACCUUUCGGUGGAACGGAACCAAUACAAUGAUCCGGCCACACAGGCGGAAUGGACACAGAAGCGCCUGGUCUGGGUGCCCCACGAGAAUCAAGGUAUGCAUUGUUGCUUGCAUUUUUCCGCAACAUGGAACGCGAUUAUUGCUUUCCGCCAAUGAAAAUUAUGGCAGGAAACGGCUGCGACAGAAUGUCAGGAUGCGUCGUGUUAAUAUUCCCCAAUAAUUGGUAAUAUUCACCCUAAGUCGAUGUCCAAAUAUAGUAAUUUAAGAACAUAAUUUAAAAGUAUGGAAUGGGACUCAUUGUUGUCAACCGGUUAUUACCGAUUCAAAUAAAUACUGAAAUAUACGGUAUUAUUUUCAAAAUAUACCGACGUAUUUUUGAUAUUCUGGCGAAUAUUACUAGCUAAAUAGAACCCUCAGGCCUGCCCACAUAAUUUUAUCCGACUAAUGAAUCAAUUUUC